UGGAGUUGCUACAUAACAAGCGUCGUCUCUCGUUCUCCUCGUCUCCUCGCUCCGGCACUCUCGCCAACCACUCCCGCAACCACGACAGCAACCCUCUCUCUUUGAAUCCGGCAACCAUGGGUGGCCUCCCAGCAGACAGUUUCGCCUCGUCGGUUCCGCGCACAGCGGUUCACCCGACCGGCACGCCGACGCCUCCUCCCGAGGCCAUGUCCGAGCCGUAUCAUGGAUAUUCGUUUCCCCACGACAGGCUGAAGCGCCGCCUGACACGGGCGAACAAGACGCCGCUGGUCCUUGUCUCGUGCGGCAGCUUUUCGCCGCCAACCUCGCUGCACAUGUCCAUGUUUUCGGUUGCCGGGAGUUAUGUAGACCACACCGGCUAUGAACUGGUCGGCAGCUACAUGAGCCCGUGCAGCGAUACGUACGGCAAGAGUUCGCUGGUCCCGGCGCACCAUCGCAUCAACAUGUGCCGACUUGCUAUUGAGCAAACCAACAGCAACGCCAUGAUCGACGACUGGGAGACUUUGCGCCGGGAUGAAGACGGCCAUCCCGUCUACACCCGCACCGCCGACGUCCUCAAGCGACUCGACGAGCAGCUAAACGAUGUCCUCGGCGGCAUCCAGACCGUUGAUGGCACGUUUGUAAGAGCUCGAGUGAUGCUGCUGAUCGGCGCCGACUUGGCCCUCACCAUGAGCGACCCCAAGGUGUGGGCGCCCGCCGACAUUGACGUGCUCUUGGGCUACUAUGGCGCCUUUAUUGUCGAGAGGCCUGCCCUCUGCGAUAUCCGGGAGGCCAUCCAGCCGCUGAAGAAAUACAACGACAACAUCAUGGUGGUGCCGUCCUUCCAGAACGACGUCUCGUCGACCAAGGCCCGCGCCCAGAUCCGCAACGGCGAGGUCGCACAGGACCUCCCUCGAUCAGUGUACGAUUACAUCAAGCUGCAUCACUUGUACCAGAGUGCGCCGCCCAAGGAGAGGCGUUCCAUUGACAAGACGGGAAAAUCCGAUCUGGACAUGGUAGCACCGCGUUUGCCUGUCGCAACGCACAGGUGACACCAGUGAUGCCUUGAACAAUAUUGUGACAUUAUCGCAUAACAUCAGAGCGUUGAGGCAGCGUGCUCAUCCAUAAACUGGAUGCAGCAAGUAUACCCGCUGAGGCCUUGUACCAUUUUCACUAGCGCCAGUCAAGCGAUGAUAGAUGCUAGAUCGCAGUAUCAUAUUACAUCUUUUCUUUUUGUUUCUUUUUUUUCGUCAAGGGUAUCUUGGAGUUUGGAUUUAUUCUUUUUGUACUUUUGAUAUCACGCAGGCAUUUUAUGAGCUAUGCCAGUGCUCUGCUUGCCAUGUGUUUGGGCCGCAAUCCUCUUAUCAUCAAAGGGAAUGGGCAGCCGCAUUGGCAUCAUCAUCCACCUAGAUGGAUUGCAUUUUACAAAGAGCUACGAGGUGGAAUCGGAACGAGGCUCAAUAAUGAAGUUGAUGGAAAUGGGCUUUUGGGUAGACGCUUUGACAUGAAUACAGAUAGCAAAACAGCCAUGGAAGGGAUCACGCGACAGGGUUGAUGACUAGAAAGAUUUCGGACAUCUGCGAAAAGAGCGAGAUAAACGGACAUGAGGGAACGCUAUUAUUUUAGAGUUUUCGAGACUGAUGCGAUUCUUGGGAGGGACGCUUUCAUGAUUUUAGGCUUAGAAGCUGCAUGUUUUCUUUUUUUCUGUCUGUAGCCAUGAAACUGGGCUGGGCGUCUCGUCUCGUAUCGCCCUUUGCCCGUGUACUAGUAGUACUACGUCACUAAAAGACUACGGGCCAAGGGAAUGUCGGAUAUACGGAUUGCCCAAGCAAAGCCUCUACUGAUCUCUCUUUC